AAGUGGUUCAAUAACAGCGCUCUGCUCGGUGUUGCUAUUUAGGUAACUUUGUAGUCCAUUGAUGGUGUUUCAUUGUUUAAUGAAAUAAUCUAUUGCUACAUUGCGAUAUUAAGUUACCAUGUCUUUCAAAGGCAUAAGAGGUUGCAAUAGUAGAGUGUCGAAAGAGGAUCAAGAGUUCUACGACUUGAGACAGAGAGCAGCGGAAUAUUAUAGAGCAAACUCGGUUCCGCAGAAUAUUGAGGGUGUCUUGAAUCAGAUGUUCCUGGAAAAGCCUGAUGAUAUUUACGGUUAUCUGGCAAAUUACUUCUCACAACAUUCAGCAAAGGCCGUAAUAUGCAGAACGGAGGGGAAGGAAGUCUAUGACGGGAAUGGACAAAUCUCAGCCCAGGCAGACGUGUAUUGUAUAAUCAGAAAUGAAGAGAAGUGGGUGUCCAGUGGUGCCGUGCCCAGUCAUGGUGAGCUGGCAUCGGGCAGGACUGACCCGUCGGGGGUAGCAGAGGAAAGCUCUGCCCAGAGCCAUGCACUCGAGACCGCCCUGAGCUGGAUCAACCAGCCAAUCAGCACCAUGCUCCGGGGUCUCAACCCCAGCGACCAGACCACCAUCGACAAGAUACUGAGUGAUUUCUUCUUGGCUCGCUUCCUGGAGAACGAAGAUGAGAAGAGGAAGGAGAGUGAGGCCGAGGAGCAGAAGUCGGCCGAGAGCACCCCAGAGCCGGCCCCCCCCCCCCCACCCCAGCCUCCCACCAAAGACAGGAAGGGGGCAGACAAAGCUCUUUUAAGGAAGAAGAGUGUGUGUAUGGAGCAGUGUCUGCCCCCAACAGCCGGUGACAUACACAUCCCGUUUCCCAUGGUGACGGUGUUAAGCUGUGGUAGGAUGUCUCCGGGCAAACUCCACCUCCUGGAGGAAGUCAUCGUUCUCCCUGCAGCUGGACAGAGAGUUAGAGAAAAGAUUGCCAUGGUCCUUGAUCUGCAGAAGGAAGUGAAGAGAAUCUUGAACAGCACUUCAAAAACAGGGACCCUGGUGUUUCCUGUGACCGAUGGCGGUGCGUUGCUGGUGGGCUUCGACCGUGUGGAGCAGCCACUGGACGUCCUGAUGGAGGCAUGCGCCAACCUGCAACUCACGCCAGGGACGGACGUCCACUUCGCCCUCAGCUGCGCUGCCCACACGCUCCUGGACUAUUCUAAGGGGAAGUAUGAGAUUGUAGCGGGCACCUUGAAGGCUCCAGGGGAGCUGAUUGAGGUGUAUGAGUCGCUGAUCAGCAGAUAUCCAGGCAUCUGUGCCCUCAUCGACCCCUUCAGGAAAGAGGACCUGGAACAGUGGGAUAAACUGAGCUGUGCCCUGAUUGGUCAGCCCUGCUGUCUGAUCGCUGAUGCUGCCUUCUGCUCCCCUCCUCGUCUCUAUGGUGACAAGAGGCUCCUCCCACCAGGGGUCGCAGGGGUUGUCCUGAAACACGUGAAUGAGACCACCAUCACUGAUCUCCUCUGCGCCACCUCAGAGGGCCGAGAUUCCACCACCAUUCUGGAGCAGUCUGGGACAGAGUGGUGUGAUGACUACUUCGUAGAUCUGGCUGUGGGUCUGGGCGUUAAGUUUGUGAAGCUGGGCGGCCUGAUGGGAGGAGUCCGUCUGGCGCGCUACAACCGCCUGAUGAUGCUGGAGGAGGAGCUGACCAGGCAGGGCAUUCUGGGUAAGCUGACCAGGCAGGGCAUUCUAGGUUCAAAUCAGCUGGAGUUGCCUUUGUUUGGAACCAGUGUAAGCCCUGGCUCUGAGUUACUGGAGACCGAGUGAGGAGGACUGGAGGACACACAGACACACACACACACACACGUAUACAAACACGCGCACACACACACACGUACACACACAAGCACGCACGCACGCACGCGCACGCACGCACAUGCACACACACGCAUUC